CUGAGGGCCUGUGGGCCUUGCUCUGGCUGCCAGUGUGGCCGGUGCGGCCCCCAGAUCCCUUUCCCACCCUCUACCUUCUGCUCCUGCCCCCAGGGUGCCCACCUGCCCACGGGGGCUCUGCCAUGUCCUGCCUUCCUGUCCUCGCCUUCCGUGACCACUGACCUUGUGUCCAGAAGGUGGGGGACGCUGGGCUUGGGGCCGCUCACUCCCGUGACCCGGGCCGACCUGCUGGUCGUUGUCUUCCAGAAAGCCAAGCGAGGCAGAGCGAGCGCGCUCCCCGGACACCCAGCGGGCGGGGGAGGCCAUAAGACUUGGACCAGGACACCUCACCCCCACUCCAGCAGCUGUCACCUGGGACUCUGACCUCCUUUCACCUGGGACUCUGACCUCCUUUCCCUGGGCCACCUGGCCUCCUCGGGGCUCUACCUGCUGGCAGCAGAAGGCAGGCCAGAAAGGUGCCCGCCCAGGUCAGGAGAGGCUAAGUCUCUUCCUGCCACUGCCCUGGGGACGUGGGGACGUGGGUGACCCCCCCGCUGCCUGCAGGCCCUGUGUGAAGGAGCCCGGCCCACAUGUGUGAGCCCUUCUGUGUGUGUUCCUCUCAGUCGUCCGUCUUUGGGGUCAGUUCAGUCGUGACCAAGUGGGGACACAUGAGAACAUUCUCCUGACGGGAGAGGGGGCCUUACGGCCAGACGCAGCGGCCCUUCUGCACAGGCGGAUGCUGGCAGCAACUGGGGAGAGAACCUUCCGGAACCUCUUGUACACUUUGGGGCGCGAAUCCUGCUUCUGUUUCUGUUUGACACGUGAGGAAUCUUCCUGUGUGGGUGUGGGUUCUGGGUGCCCCAGGGCCGGGCCCACAGUCGCCCUCUCCUGCCCCACGCCAGGCGCUGUUCCCAUGGCCAUGGUCCCUGCACUGUUGGGGUCCCCGUCCCCAGCUGAGGAAGUAGGCAGAGCAGAGAUGGAACCAGCGGACCAGACUCCGGUCCUUGGGCUCCCUGGUUUCAUGGAAGCCCAGAGGGGGGUGAGACCAGUUUGCUGGUCUGCAGCCCACCUCCCUCCAGACCACCUAGUCCUUGGCCUCAGCCCGCAUCCCUGGGACCCAGGGGUCCAGGCCGGGUGCUCAGGGCCUCACCCCAGUGGAAGGAAGUGCCCGGCCUCCCUCGGGGCCCUGCCUCUGCUGGGAGGGGCUGCGGGGUAGGGGGCAGCUCUGCCCCGGCCUGGCGCCCCCAACCCUGGCCACUGAUGGCUGCCCUCACAGACCCAGCUAGUCCCGACCAACUGUCCCCGACCAACUGUCCCCGCCCCGCAUGUCUCCUGCAGCCUGUCCUGUCUUGGUCCCCUGGAACUGCACCGUUCCUGAGGGGCGGGGGUGGGAGCCCCGGUCCCGGACUUAGUUUCCUCAUUUGCGUGUCAAGGCAGCCAUCCUCCCCUCUUAGGGGCCCCGGGACAGUGCUGACCACUGUGUGCCUUCCGCCAUCCAGGCCUCCUGGCCUCUCCCGGGGACGCUGUCCUUUCAGCUUCCACACCGUUAGGGGCCAUGGCGUGACAUCAGGGCCACUGCCCCAUGUCAGCUGGGGCCCUUGUGAGCCCCUGGGGUCCCUGAGCCCAUACCAGCCUUUGCCCAGAGCCAUUCCACUCUGCUGCUGCUCCCUGGGGGGCAGUGCUGGCCUGUGUGUCCCGCGGGCAGUGCGCUUCCCCGGCCACAUGUUUCCUGGAGCCUCCCUUCGCAUGGGCCUGGAGACACCUGCCUGCCUGAGGACCCUGCUGGCCUGGGAAGUGCCCGCCCGCCACCCCCACAGUCCUUCCUGCUGUGCGUGCUAUGUCCAGCUUGCUUUACAGAUAGGGGAAUUGAGGCUCAGAACUCAGGCUCCCACAGGAGGGCUGGGGUGGGGAAGGUCUGGGCCCCCUGACCCACAGGCCAGCCUCAGGGAACACGUUCCAGGAACUGUGUGCCGAGUGGGGUGUGUGCUGUCUCCCUGGGGGCCAUGGGGUCUAGCCCUCUGCAGGGAAUGUCCCCGCUGGGCUGUGUGGGGUCCCGUAGGCUUGCUGGCCCUCCGCCUCCCCUUCCUGACCUGGCAGUGGCUGAGCCCAGGGGUCUGUGUCUCGCCUGUCCAGACCCCAGUUCCUUCGCCUACAGGACAAAGGUCCAGUGGAGCGCUUGCUGGAUGGGCCUUCCCCGGGCUCUGGCAUGCUCCCCGAGGGUCUUUAAAGGGUUAAGCAUGUGCUCUGGGUGAGGGGUCCUGGCAGGAGGGAGCCCUUUCCUGCCCAGCAGGGCUGUCUCUCCCCACCCCCAACCUAUUGUUCCUGGCGCAGGAAAAGGCAUAUUUCCCCCAUGAGGUCACUGGCCGCUCUGGUGGGGAGGUGGGAGCUUCCUGGGCAGCUGCUCCCCUCCCCUCCAGCUCCGAGCCUUCCUUCUCUGCUCUAGCCUGGGGGUGACCAGCACCUCCUCUCACCUCCUCCCAGUCUUAGCUGGUCUUCAAGGCCAGAGGAGAGGCUGCCGCCUCCAGGCAGCGCUCUAAUGCCGGGGCCUUCUCUGCAGGGACAGGCACUUCACCGGCAGCCUCCAUGGCUGCGUGGCGCGUACCAGGAGCCCUGGACGCUGGCUGCAGAGCCAGGAGCCUGGACCUAAGUCCUGCCUGGACCUCCACGGGAGCCGUUCCCCUCUGAGACAUUCCCCAUCCGCAUCUGGACAGGGGGACAGCUGAGCGGGCUGCCCCUGCUCCCCGGCCUGUCCCCAGCCCCUGCUAGCAGGGGGAGGGCUGUCGGCUGGGAAUAGGACCCAAGCCCCUUCUGCUCCACCAGCCGCACCUCUGCCCUGCCAGCGCUGGGAGCCAGCGGGCCACGGUUCCCCGCUCACGCCCCCACCCCGGGCCAGCGUCCAGGAGGGCUGUGUGGGCGCCACCCGCCUACUUGGUACCAGCUUCCUGGCUGGGCCGAUGAAGGCAGAGCAGUCAGGGACGGCUCACAGGCCUUCUAUGUGUGGGCCGGGCGGGCCGCCCCCCAGACAUCCUGGGGUGCCUCGGGGAGCUGGAGACCCACCCCCUGGGGCACGCACAGACCCUCCCUUUCUUGCUGUGUCCCCAUCUGCGGAGCUGGGCAGGUCAUGCGUGUUGGGUGCGUGAGUGAAGGAAGGAGUGAGAGGCUCCGGGCUGCAGGGUGGGGGUCACCUGGCUGUCCCUGCCCCCGCCGGCCAUGCCCCGGCCCUCUGACCUCUGACCCUGCUGACCCAACUCUUCAUCUCUGACCUCCUGCUUUGGGCACAUGAGCUUCUCCGAGAUGCUCUCCUUCUGGGCCAGGGUGUGGGGAGAGGACGGGGCCGCAUGCCUUGGGCUCCACCGGUAGCAGCAGACGGGCUCAGGCAGCCCCUGCCUCUCGGAUUUGAG